AUGACUGAAACUCUAUGUACUUCCUGUACACAGUUCGCGGCAGACUUCGCUGAGAUGAACGUUCAAGACGCGAAUUGCAGUCGUACUAUGUCGCCGAAUAUUUACCAACUUCAAGAAUCUGCGCAGAAUGGCUGUCCUCUGUGUCAAAUCACCUACCAAUGCUUUUGUUACCAAAUCCCAAAAUGUUAUUGGGACCAAACAUUGGCUGCCCAUCUUUGGGUACACGUCUACUCGAUUCCCCUUCGUCUUGAUGGUAAAUUUAUAGCUCCUAGAAAGGGAACAGACAAACAAGAUCCAAUGGAGCCAACGUUGUCAUGUGGUGUUGGGAAAGACAUAGACCGCUGUAGAUGGCACAUCAUAUCGCUUGUUAUGCACGAGGAAAAUGAGAAACGAUCUGCGGAAUGGGGUCUUCACAAGAAGAGAUCAAUAGCGGAUCUUUCAUCAGCUGAGGGUGUUGAGAAAGCUAUUACCUUGGCCAGUAGCUGGAUCCAGAACUGUUCAGCAAAUCAUGACAAAUGCCGAAUACAGCCCGAUAACUGCCAUCUGCGUACGACGAAACCAACAAGACUUAUCGAUGUUGGCUCCCAGAACGGCAGCGAAGGACCAGAUGACAACAAGCAUAAAGAUGAUUGGUCUUAUGAAGCGGCGAGAUUCGGACAGUACUACGAAAAUGCGACGUUGACGAUUGCAGCCACUGGUGCUAUCUCUUCUCAACAGGGACUAUUUCUUGAUAGGCCUGCGCUGCUUUUCGAUCCGAAGCCAGUUACCUUGAAACUAAAGAAGAACUCCGGCGGCACCAGAGAUGUCUCAAUUCUACCACCAAGCCCUUUAUGGGAGAUGAGCAUCCGCAACUCUCCUCUCCUAACUAGGGGAUGGGCUACCCAGGAGCGAGUUUUGUCAAAGAGGAUACUCCAUUUUGGCGCCAACAGUUUGUUAUGGGAAUGUCGUGAGUGCAAGACUACAGAGGCGAAUCCCGAAAGCUCGGAUCCUACCAUCUUUAAAUACCAGAACGAACAAUUCAUCGAUGUUUUUCAGAACUUGGAGAACCAGCAGAAGGAGAAACUGAUAUCAUUAUGGUACCACUUUGUCGAAUCUUACUCGGUCACAAACUUCUCCUUGUACAAAGACAAACUUCCAGCGCUAUCCGGCAUCGCUGCAAGAAUACAGCAUCGCUUUCCGCAAGAAUAUGUUGCGGGAAUAUGGGAGUCUGAUAUUCCUCAAGGACUGCUGUGGACAGUUUGGAGAAGCCAAGAGCCUGAGCCAGAGACGAUUCGAGGAACAAAUCGACCCUCAUGGUGUUGGGCUUCCUCGAUAUACCCAAUUCGAUUUCUCUACAUAAUGACCUACAAUAGCGAUCAGUACAUAAAGCUGCAAGUCGAGUCUUGGUCAGUGAGGACGAAUGGCCCUCAAACAUCAGGUCAAAUUCUCCAGGGGAGUAUUACAGUCUGUGGCCCUGUCAAGUCAUUUAAUCUAUACGCUCUGGGCUUGAACUUUGUCUUUGGUCCUGAUGCCUACGAUAAAGACGGGAAUCGCAUCGUGUGUGAAGCCUCCAAAGGCGUCCAUAAAGUUGAUGAAUGCACCGCUUACUUGGAUCAUAUGAACUUCUUGGAAGGUGUCAACAAGACCUACACUUGUAUCUUGGUAGCAACACUCCUCCCAUCAAUGUGGACUCCAGCAGAAAAGAGGGUGAUUGGGGCUGGGCUGAUUCUGGAGCCGGCGGGCCGUGGAGCUGUCGAUCAGUAUACGCGAAUUGGUGUGCUUUGUCUUCCAUAUGAACAAUACUGGGCCGAUGCUUAUUACAGCAAAAUUCUUGAGCUUGUCUAG